AUGGGCACCCGUGGGGUCGCCGCAGCCUGGGGCGCUGCGGGAACCGUCGAGCGAGUGGCCGCAGCACUAGCGGCCACCGCGGAGGUGGUCGCCGCCGCGCUGCUGGUGGCCAUUGUUGGGGUGGUCACCGCCGCGACGCUGGUGGCCGCGGCGGAGCAGGUCCCCGCUGCAGCGUCGGCGGCCGUCACGGAAGUGGUCGCCGCCGUGGCACGGGCAGCCGCUGCGGACGUAGUCGCUGCCGCUGCGGGCGCCCUUGGUCUGCGCACGAUCAAGGGCGUGUCAUCCUCCUCUUCCUCCUCCUCGUUGUCCACGGUGAUAACGACCCGGGUCAUGGCAGGCUGGCCCAUGUCGUCGUCAGAGGAUGGCAUGGAGGGCCAGCUGACCUCUGACUCGCCCCCCUCUCCUCAAGCACCCGCUUCCCGCGAGGUGCAAGCGGAGGAGCACGCGGGGUUUGAGUGGGGGAGUCAUCCAUCAGCCCCCACUCGUUGCAGGGCGGGAAGGAGGCGAUGA